GAACAGGUCGCAGUGAUGAUACUUUGGACAGCAAAUGCCAUUGGGAAUGGAGUCCCAGCCCUUUCUAAAUCUCAAGUUUGAAACAGAUUACUUUGUAAAGAUUGUUCCUUUUCCUUCCAUUAAAAAUGAGAGUAAUUAUCACCCAUUUUUCUUCCGAACCAGACCAUGUGAAUUGUUGCUACAGCCAGAAAACCUUGUCUGCAAACCUUACUGGAAACCAAGGAAUCUAAAUGUUACCCAGCAGGGGUUUAACAUGCAAGUGUCCUUUGAUCACGCACCUCACAACUUUGGGUUUAGAUACUACUUUCUUCACUACAAACUGAAGCAUGAAGGACCAUUUAAGCAAAAGACGUGCAAACAGGAGCAAAACACAGAUACCACAAGUUGUAUUCUUCAGAAUGUGUCUCCAGGGGAUUAUAUAAUUGAGCUGGUUGAUGACACCAACACAACAAGGAAAACAAUGCACUAUGCACUAAAACCAGUGCAUUCUCCCUGGGCUGGACCAAUAAGAGCCAUUGCCAUCACAGUCCCUUUAGUUGUCAUUUCGGCAUUUGCAACACUGUUCACAGUGAUGUGCCGCAAGAAACAGCAAGAAAACAUAUAUUCCCAUCUAGAUGAGGAGAGCUCAGAAUCUUCAGCAUAUGCUGCAGGUCUCCAUGUGGAAAGACUCCAUCCCCGGCCAAAAGUGUUCAUCUGCUAUUCCAGUAAAGAUUGCCAGAAACACAUUAAUGUCAUCCAGUGCUUUGCUUAUUUUCUUCAGGACUUCUGUGGCUGUGAGGUGGCUUUAGAUUUGUGGGAAGAUCUAAAGACUUGUAAGGAAAGACAGAAAGAGUGGCUUAUUAAAAAAAUAAAUGAGUCCCAGUUUAUCAUCAUUGUGUGUUCCAAGGGAAUGAAAUACUUUGUUGAAAAAAAGAACUGGAAACACAGAGGGAUAACCAAAGAUGCUGGAAAAGGAGAACUCUUCCUCUUUGCUGUGUGGACUGUUGCAGAGAAGCUUCGUCAGGCAAAGCAGAAUUCAAAUGAUCUCUGCAAGUUCAUUGCAGUCUAUUUCGAUUACUCCUGUGAAGGAGACAUCCCUGGUAUUCUGGAUCUAAGUACAAAGUACAAGCUCAUGGACAACCUGCCUCAGCUGUAUUCACAUUUACACUCCAGAGAUCUUGGUGUACAGGAUUCAGAGGUGUUCCCUGUUAACAUUAGCAAAAGGAAUUAUUUCAGGAGCAAAUCUGGGAGGUCCCUUUAUGUUGCCAUUUGCAAUAUGCAUCAGUUCAUUGAUCAGGAACCGGAUUGGUUUGAGAAACAAUUUAUUCCCUUCCCUCCACCUUCUUUACAUUACUCAGAGCCUGUCAUGGAAAAAUUUGAUUCGGGCUUGGUUUUAAAUGACUUGGUGAAUAAACAGGAUGGUGAUUUUUACCUGAAAACAGAUAUAAAUGUUAUUUCAGCUGGGAAUUCAGACACUCACUGUAUAAUUCAGCACUUAAACCUUGGAGAAGACAUAGAAACUCAGGACAUUCAAGGUGGUGGCAGCUCUGUUCUUCAGCCAUUAUUACACGUUGUUAAAGCUUCAAAUCUUAAAGAUAUGCCUCGAGAUUCUGGAAUCUAUGAUUCAUCUGUUCCUUCAUCUGAAUUAUCUCUACCUUUAAUGGAAGGACUAUUGACAGACCAAAUUGAAACAUCUUCCAUUACAGGAAGUGUUUCUUCAUCAUCAGGUUUAGGGGAAGAAGAACCUCCUGUAAUCACUGCAACAAAAUUCUUAGUGCCUGAAAUAUGUAAAGCAGAACUCCAUUGCCACAUCCACACUGAUGAACUGCAGGCAAUUGCUCCUUUAUAAUACACUACAGCAUUAUUAUGCAUUGCCACUUUAGCAACAGCCUCUGUUUGUGCUUUAACUACCACACUGUCUCAGCACUAAAUCUACUGGACGGAACAAAUACUCCCUGAAGAAGAUCCGUUAUUCCUAAAAGACCUUUUCAUGGCCAGUAAACUUGAAUCUGUUGGUCAUGAUUUGAAAAAGGCACCAUGAAAAAAUAGAUGAGAAUACAUUUAAAAAUUAUUCCCACUAAUUUAAAUGUCAUAAUACCCACACUGUUUACAGAUGCCACAUCCAAAACUGACCUCUUUUUUGUUGCUAGAAAUAAUCUUGUAACUGCACGUAAAAUAGCUUGGAACAUUAAGUCGUAGUAAAUUCUGUAGUCCAGCCUCUAGUUUUAAGUGCUGAUAUGCUUGAUGGUAGGAGUGUUGUAGUGAAUGAGAGCAGAAUCUUUUUCAGAAGGAAGAUAAAAUGCAAAAGGUGAGAUCGAGAAAUUCUCCAUCAGAAGAAAUAAUUUUCCUUUAAAGAUGUUUGAGCUCCUUUCCUUACAGUCUGCUCUUUCCCACAUGUUAACAUGUCUCAGCAUUUAAGUUUGGAUAAGCACAUCUCCCUCUAUGUAUGAUUCUCCUGUCUCUUCUCCACAAUCUGGCUAUGAUGACUCACAAGUAGUACUGUACUGAGCCUGAAGUAUCCUUUUUACAAUAGGCAGAUAUACAGAUCUUGCAUAUGCUGGGUGAUACCAUGGAAACAAAGCUUCCUGUUUUCUUCCUGGAAAGGGUGAUAUAAAGAAUAUUUUAAAGAGAUGGGGGAAGGAAGACCAAAUUUUGUAUUUAACACAUCAUUCUGAAUUUGUUUAGCCAUGAGCUGAAUAUGCUUUAUGGGGGAUUUCAAGUUAUUCUUCAAGGACAAAUCACCUCGGGUGAAACAAGUUAAGCAGUUAACAGGCAUAAAUGCUUUGCUUUGGUUUGAGCCAGCCAGUAAACAGAAGCCAGUGAGUUAUUUUGCAGUUCACACUAUUUAUCAUAACUUAGUGCUGAAGACAGUUUAUUACUAACGUUAUAUUAAGAAAAAGCUAAAACUGCACUGGAUGUGUAUAUCUAAAGACACAAAGCACACAUGUCCUGUCUUCAGUGACUGGGUCAGUACCCCAUCACCCAAAACAUCCCCGCCGUUUCCAAAGAGCAACUUCUCAUAAGUAGAACCCAUCUAUGUGACUACAACUCUGGGCACUAUUAUAAUAAGCAUGAUAACAGUGUAGAGUAAAGAACACCAUAUAAAUUAGCCUUUGCUAGUUGUGCUUGUGGGGACAGAUUCUGUCUCAUUUAACCUGUCUUCACAUUUCACUAAUAGGAGGUUACUUUAGGAAUACAUCAAGGGAGAACUCAAACUCCUCAAAUAUUCUUUCAGUGUUGAUAGAUGAGAAUCGGACAUUGCUAACUUACACUGUAUUAUCCAUUUUAAUAGAAUGAGGUAGAACUGUUAAACCAGGGAUGGUUUUGACUGAGUAGCUGUAAUGUUUGUUUUGUUCUGUUUGGUUUUUUGUGCCAGUUUAUAUUUAAUCAUUUAAAUUUCCAAACAAAAGACUCUUGAAGUUGUCACAGAUGGAGUAAGAAAGUGCUGUAACAAUUAUUUGACCAUGGCCAUUGAUGGCAGAACUCGGGCAUGCCUUCCAAUUGUAUUAUGGAAUUCUGCGGUCAACUGGAUAUAUGUGUCAGGUUUGGAGAGCCUUGUCUAUUAACAUGAUGUUCCUUACUUUUCCUCUUUCCUGAAUUUGAAAGAACACUGACUGGAAAAGAUCUAACUCCCAGUAUCCGAGUAAAUGAUUCCCUACUAAAUCCAGCUAUGAAGGAUGUUGAUUCAGUGGAUUUCUAGCGGAUUUAUUAGAGAAAGAGCUUGCAGUGGUAAGGCACAGGCAGAAGGGUUACAAAAUUGGUGUGCUGAAGAGAUGCUGCACAGAGAAAUGCAACCCAAGCUACAAAACACUAGGAAGAGGCAAUUCCUUAGCAGUUAGCAGGUGAAAGUGAUGCAGUUCUCCUCUGUGGCAGGUCACACCUUGCAUAUUGUUACUUUACACUAGACUAAAGAUUGGGAAGAUUUUCUGUUUCCAUUAAAUUCAGUGGCAGAACUGGUAUUACUAGAUGGAAUUAAGCUUUCAUUUUGAGCUGUAAGGAAGUUCAGUUUCAAAACCAAAAGCAGUUGCACAAAGAAUCACUUUUCAUAAUGGUUUAUUUUUAUUUCUUCAAAAUAUGCUGUACAAUCCUGCAAACCUUUUUUUUUAUUAUAAAAGCUCUAUGCAUACACCAGUAAAAUCCAUUGGGGAAAGGAGGGGGAAGGAAGAAGAAGAAUUCGUUUAUUCCUUCUUAGCAUGAGGUGGAAACAGCGUAUUAUAUGUUCUCAGGAGAAAGACAAUGUAAUUAGUUGAUAAUUUAGGGUAGGACUGCCCACAUAAAAUAUACAAAAUUGACAAAAUGAUCUGAUUUAGUGUAGUUUAUUUACAAAGCCACAAGGCUUUAAAAAACUAGAAAAAUCCAGUGUAUAUUUUGGUGCUGGAAGGACAUGGCACUGAAUUUGUAAGAGAAUAACAGCAAAACCCCAUGUUAAAAAUUAAUGUUAAACUAAAUAUGUUAAUACAGAGGGUAGAGCUUGUGACUAUUGUCAAGCAUUAGUGAACUCUAAAAAAUGUCAAUAGCCAAAGGAUCCCUUUAACCUCUACCAGACCCAAGUGUGUGGACAUUGUUUGGAUGUUUUAAAAUGUAUUUUCUGGGAGGGUGGGAAAAGCAUGGAAAGCUGAAGGUUCAAGAUCUGGCAGUGUGUUCAGCAUUCUGAAUGGCAAGUAUAGUUGUUGCCAUAAUUUGUACCUCUACAUGAACACAUGAGCUGUUGAAAACAAUGCAGUUGACAUUUGCAGAAAUAGAUGUUUUAUAUUACUGUAAUUUAGAAGUUAAAUAUCAAAAUAAAACAUUUUUUCAUUUCUCUCCCUGGGCUUUUCUUGGUGGUGUGAAAGGCUUGGCUUAAAGAGUGCAGUUGUUCUC